GCCCCGGACCCCCCACUUCUGCGCGUUGCUGGCAAUCAGAUCGCGUUUAAGCAAUUUCCUAAGCCCAAGAAUAGCAAUGAGUCGGAAGACUUUCGCGGGCUGAAUUUGGGAGCUCCAAGCACUGUCCCCCCCACACACACUUUUUUUUUUUCUGGAGACGUGGGGGGGCUACAAUUUGGAAACGGCGUGGUUUUUGUUUUUUUGUGUUUUUUGGGGGGUUUUGUUUUUUUUUUCAGUCUUGCACUUUGAAACCGCGGGGCUGUUAGCAGGGUGCGCGCGUGUGGUUGGUGCCUAUUUUUUUUUUCCCUUCCCCUGCCUAAACUCCUCUGUCAGCCUGUAAACAUUACCUGAGAAUUCCCCAGCCGAAACGGCUGCUGGGGCAAGAAACUUCUUGUUAGAGCUUUCCACCUCCGGCUUCCCCUCCACCCCUCUUACUGUCCCAACUUUUUGAGACGCUUUUUCUCCUCUUUUGGCGGAUUUAGCUUUUUUUCUCUUUUUUUUUCCUCUCAUUUUUCUUUUUUUUUUUCUUACCCGGUGCUUUGCAUUUGGGGAGAGUUGAUUUCGAGAGUGGCAAGGUGGGACGCCUCUCUCUUGCUUACUCGGUUCACUUAUUACUGUUUGGGGUGUUUUCUUUUUCAAUUCCUGUUUUGUUCGGUCCGGGGAGUUUCGCCCCUUGGCCGGCUCCGCGGCGCGGACGAUGGGGUGGAAAUGGCUAGGCGCGCUGGUGGUGUUCCCACUGCAGAUGGUUUAUCUGGUGGUGAAAGCAGCCGUCGGGCUGCUGCUACCCGCCAAGCUGCGGGACCUGUCGCGGGAGAACGUCCUCAUCACCGGCGGCGGGAGAGGCAUCGGGCGCCAGCUAGCUCGCGAGUUUGCAGAGCGCGGCGCGAGAAAGAUCGUUCUCUGGGGCCGGACAGAGAAAUGCCUGAAGGAGACGACAGAGGAGAUUCGGCAGAUGGGCACAGAGUGCCACUACUUCAUCUGUGACGUGGGCAACCGGGAGGAGGUGUACCAGACAGCCAAAGCUGUCCGGGAGAAGGUGGGCGACAUCACCAUCCUGGUGAACAACGCCGCCGUGGUCCACGGGAAGAGUCUGAUGGACAGCGACGAUGACGCCCUCCUCAAGUCCCAGCACAUCAACACCCUGGGCCAGUUCUGGACCACCAAGGCCUUCCUGCCACGCAUGCUGGAGCUGCAGAACGGCCACAUUGUGUGCCUCAACUCCGUGCUGGCGCUGUCCGCCAUCCCCGGGGCCAUCGACUACUGCACGUCCAAGGCCUCGGCCUUCGCCUUCAUGGAGAGCCUGACGCUGGGGCUGCUGGACUGUCCGGGCGUCAGUGCCACCACCGUGCUGCCCUUCCACACCAGCACCGAGAUGUUCCAGGGCAUGCGCAUCAGGUUUCCCAACCUCUUCCCCCCGCUGAAGCCGGAGACGGUGGCCCGGAGGACGGUGGAAGCUGUGCAGCUCAAUCAGGCCCUCCUCUUGCUGCCGUGGACAAUGCACGCCCUCGUUAUCUUGAAAAGCAUACUUCCACAGGCUGCACUUGAGGAGAUCUACAAAUUCUCAGGAACCUACACCUGCAUGAACACUUUCAAAGGACGGGCAUAGAGGCAGAACGCAGAGAUGUUCUCAAGGAGCCACAGAGCCUGGGGUGGCCACGGCACCUGGGCACACACCCACGGGCCUGUCCCUUGGCGCCCUUCCGCCGGGGGAGCAGGACUGCUCCUGUCCAGGGGGAGGAUCUAUCUGCACCUCCCAGGCCAGCCCCAGGACCUUUGCACAGGACUGAUGGGCAUAACUGACCCCCAUGGGGAGGCAAGAAACCAGCCAGCAGCUGCCUUGACAUUUCUAAUUCUGUAGAAUUUAUUGUUAAAUUGCUUAUCAAGUCUAACCAGCCUCAGCAGUGUGCAUAGACUAUUUCUGGGAGGGGCUGUCCCAGAUGCCCUUCCUUCCCCUCCACAAUCCACUCACCCUAAGCUUGCACAAACUGGUUGAACGGCAGGAAUGGAAAAUAAAGAGAGAUGGCUUUUGCGA